AUGUCUGCAGGCAAGUCCGACUUGCCUCGGAAAGAGGACCUCGUUCAAGCGGUAGACGCGCUGCAAAAGGCUGCCAAAGCACAAGAUGCUGCCAAAUCGCUGCGAGAAAAGGCGUCUGCAAUCGCAGAUCCCAAACAGCGGGAAAGAAUGAUCCAAGAUGCCUACGAGAAUGAGGUUGAGGCCCACGGACAGAGCAAGCUAGCACGCCGAUUGCAGAGUGGGACCUGGCAGGGUCUUGCCGGUGGCACUGGAAUAGGAGCCGGUGUGGGCAUGGGCGUGGGCACUGUAGUUGGCGUCGUUACGGGCGGACUCGUGUCGCUGCCCACGACUGCUCUGGGAGCAUUGAUAGGCUCUGGGGUAGGAGCUGUCCAUGGCCCAUGGAUCAAGCUGGGAGGACGGGACCGGAAGCUUGUAGAUGUUCCUCCGGAGGAACUUGUCGAUGCAGCUGCGGAAGAGAAGAUUGAGCAGAAUACGGACAAUAUGAACACUGCAACAACAUAUACCACGCCUUCGAGGAUUGGGAAGAAACAGCCUCGAAAGUUGGAGAUUCGGUCUCGUCCGAAAACGGAUGACAACACAGGCAAGACUGAGGAUGUUCUGGAUGGUGCUUCUCAUAGAGGCGGGCCGAAGAAACUUGAAAGACGCUCAUCUGGAAUAAAGCCUGACCGUUGCUGA